UAGCACUCUAUUUCUGAUUUCAAUGUAGAAGACAUCAAUCGAUGUCUCUUCUUAUCUCUAUUUCUCUUCUUUUUCUAAUAUUUCCACAUUCAUCUAAUCCUUCAAGCUCUAAUUUUCUGGAUAUUGCCAGUACUUAUCAAGCAGUUGACUAUGGUAUUGCAACUGAUCAACAUCAACAAUGUCUGUCUUGGAAGUUAUGGUGGAAAACUCAGAAAUCAUUACAUGAUCCAUCAACAGCUGAUAUUGAUUUAUUAGCAAUAAGAAGAGCAGAAGUUUGGAUUAGGAAUGAACAUGAUGCGGAGAAAUAUGAUGUUCCCGUAGAAUUGUUGCAAAAUUUCACGACAAUCCGGAUCGUCUUCAGAAAUGUUUGUCGUCUUCUUCCUCGGGUUCUUCAAAUAUCUUCACCUCUAGCAGCCCGACGAAGCCGAAUUACUCUCGAUGCACUGUGUCAGACGUACAACUAUUCGGAUCCAGAAGUUCAAGAACUUGUUCUUAACAACUAUGAAGAAGCACAAGAAAAUGCAAUUGGAAUUGAUCAACUCUUGUUUCUCGAUCAUCAAUCGGUGAUGAUUGUUAUGCCAGCUGCAUGUAACUCUAGUAAUAGUGAUGAAAAGGAAAUUUCAAAACAAUAUUAUCUAGAGAAAUACGGUGAUUUUUCAUUCAAUGUGAGCAAUUUGAAUAUUGAGUUGGAUAAACUUCAUGAAAUGGUUCACGAUUUCAAACCAUUGGAUCAAAUUAUGAAUCAAAACCUUGGACUAGACUACCAACGGCCUCUUCCAUCAUCCACAAUUCUUCCAUUUUUACGAAAAAUGGAAUAUGAUGCACGACAGCCUCCAAGUCUUCAUGUUGAUGAUACUGUAACAGUUAAAGUUGGAAUUGCAGUUCAAUCAAUGAGCAACUUUGAGCUCUCUACAAUGGAUUAUGACCUUGAUGCUUGGGUCCGAAUGUCAUGGAUUGAUCCUCGCCUUCGUCAUGAUCUUUCUCGCCCGAUUCUUGUCAAUGAUUACACUUUUCUGAAAAUGAUUUGGAGACCGGAUCCAAUUUUCACAAACUCGAAAUAUUCAACAUUUCACAAGGUUACCUAUCUCAAUUUCUAUUUAUUUAUUUUCCCAGAUGGGAAAAUAUUCAUGGAUAUGAGAGUUUAUUUGAAACCAACUGCUGCUCAAAUUGUUCUAUGCAAAUAUCCACAUGAUAAUCCUGCAGUUUCACUGAAAAUUAGUUCCAUGGGGUUUACACAAGAUGUUGUUAAACUUGAAUGGUUUUCUGAUACAAACGAUGCAAUUUGGAUCGAGAAAAACGUGAAAAUUCCUGAAUUGAGCAUUCGACAUUUGCAUCCAGACACAUGCAACGGUGUAAGAAAAUCUGGAGUUUAUUCAUGUCUAGAAGCAAAAUUCUACAUGCAUCGAGAAGUUGGUUAUCACAUUGCAAAUACUUAUAUUCCUACAGCAAUUUGUGUGGUCUUCUCAUGGAUUUCAGUAUGGUUACCCGAAGAAUUUGUUGAAGGUCGAAUAUUUGUUUCUCUCACCGUAUUUCUGACACUUUCCGCUGAAAAUAACUCAGCAAAAGAAGAACUUCCAAAAGUUUCUUACGUGAAAGCUAUUGAUAUCUGGUUCGGGUUUACUUCCACUUUUGUAUUCCUGACAAUGCUUCAAGCUCUCGUUGUGAUUUCAUUGGAGCAUAACAGUAAACGACUGAGACUAAAGUUUGAAAACAAUCUUGACGGAUACAGUAAAUAUCAAAUGACAAAAUCAAUGCUUCUAAGUCGGUAUUAUCAUCGAAUGGCUCGUCAGAUUGACACAUUUUGCAAAGUAAUGUAUCCAGUUAUUUUUCUUCUUUUUCUUAUGUUUUAUGUUUUUGUUAUCACGCAAGGAGAUGAGAGAAAGUGUAUUAAAAAUUGAAUAAAUGUGUAUGAACAAUUUUUAAU